AUGAAGAGGAAAAGAGAGCCAUCUGAGAAGUUGAAGAAGUCAAAGACCUUGAAGCUGGGAGAACCAUCAGCAACCAGAAUGCCAACGCAUUUGGGCUCUCCUAUCUCAAGUAAGUCUCACCCCUCUGAAACUCCUACUUUAAAAUUAAGGCAACUAUCUUCCUCCAUGCCUCUACAUACUUCCAUGUAUACUCCCUCUAAACCCACAACCUCCACCUCAAAUCCCUCUGAAUCUCAUCACUCUAACCCACCCUUACCUCCCCUCCAACCUUUUAAUCUCACCGCCACAACACUACCUAUCUCUAAGGCCUUACUCUUCAAUGCACCAAUACCACCACCUUCUUCAACUCCCUCCUCUCCACCUUACUAUGACAUAUCUUCUAAUUUUGACAAGCCACAACCACCUGAUCCUCAAUCCCCAACACUUGCUCAACUCCAAGCCCACGCUCUCUCUAACCUAAACCCAUCUAAGCCAAAAACCUCUAUCCCAUCUCCAUCUGAACCUCAACCAGAUCAACCAUCUGAAUCCCAACCCAAACAACCAUCUGAACCUCAAACAGAACCACCAAAUGAAUUUGUGUAUGAACCCCAAACUACCCAAAAAUCUGACUCUCCCACUAAAACCAACCCCAUCCCUCCAGAAACUAUCCUUCCCUCCUCUGACCUAGAACCAACCCUCCCCACCCUGGAAGAGGCGGUAGCCUUAUUUGCUGAGUCUUCAGUGGAGAAGCUCAUAUCACUAUCUGCAAACUCUAAACUAAGUGAUAAUCCCUUUGAAGUAAGGAUUCACUGGAAUAGAGUUAUCAUAUGGAUGCCAUCUGAGGCUUUCAAGCUGAAAGGCCUCUCUGAAUAA